ACUUCAUACUUGUAGUUUAAAAUUAUAUCACGAUGUGGUACCAUCAUUACCUAGUGGUUCUAGUACUAGUGCCGUCGAUUCGGUUGGAAACGCUCCCAAGCAAACCCGGAUGGAUACCUGUGUACCUCAUAGACGAUCUUAGUGAUAAACCUCAUAAACCAGUUACUACUGAGGAUGGCAAAGUGACGAAACGAGGUACUCUUUUACAAAAUCCCGUGAAUUUCGAUGAUGCAGGAGACGGAGUAUAUUUUAAGCCCGCGGAUGGAAAAGCUGUUCCUGAAGGAGAGCAUCUAAUAGCAUCUCGCCCCAAACGCUCUCCAUACGGCUCAGGAGGCUCUGGAGCAUACGGCGGUGGUACCGGAGGAGGCUUUGGAGGCGGGGGAGGAGGCGGAGGUGGAGGUGGUGGAGGCUUUGGUGGAGGUGGUGGCUUCGGCUUUGGAGGCGGAGCUGGAGGUGGUGGAACCGGCCUCUUAGGUAAUCUAGGUGGUCUUUUGUCUGGGUUAAAGAGAGCUGGAGCAGGAGGAGGCGGUUCUGGAGGAGGUGCGUAUGCUUCAAGCAGCAGUGGAUCAUUUGGUGGUGGUAGCGCCGGUGGAGGCGGAUUUGGAGGCUCUGGUGGGUCAGGUGGUGGCUUAGGAGGUGGUUUAGGAGGAGGCUCAAGUGGUGGCUUAGAAGGUGGUUUAGGAGGAGGCUCAGGAGGUAGCCUAGGAGGUGGCUCAUCAGGCGGAUACAGCGGGUCAGGUGGUGCAGGAGGUGGUCUCGGUGGAGGCGGAGGUGGAGGUGGUGGCAGUGGAUUCGGAGGUGGCGCUGGCCAUGGUACUUCUGGAGGACUUGGAGGUAGUGGUGGUUACUCCGGCGGAGGCCUAGGAGGUAGUGGAGGUCAUGCUGGUUCCGGAGGUUAUGCAGGUGGUACUGGCGCAGGCUUAGGAGGAGGCGGAGGAUUUGGAAGUGGAGGCGGAUUAGGAGGUGGUUUAGGUGGUGGAACUGGAGGCGCCACAGGCAAUAUAAUUAUAACCGGAGGCAAAGGACAUGGAGGUGGCGCCGGUAGCGGAGGCGGUUUUGGAGGUGGUCAUGGCACAGGAGGCGGAUCCUCUGGAGCCUAUAGUAGUGGAGGCUCCUCUGGAGGCGGAUUCGGUGGUUCUGAUGGUUUAGGAGGUGGCGGAGGGUAUGGAGGUGCCGCUGGUAAAGGAGGCGGAUUUGGUGGUUCAAGUAGUGGUGGAUAUGGAGGAUCCAGUGGCGGUGGAUAUGGUUCAGGAGGUGGAGGAGGAUUGGGAGGCGGAGCAGGAGGCGCUACUGGUUCGGUGAAUAUUAUAGGAGGACCCUCAGGUAGUUUGGGUGGUGGUGGAGGACACGGGGGUGGUCUUGGAGGUGGAUUUGGUGGUUCAGGAGGACAUGGUGGUAGUUCAGGAGGUGGCUUUGGUGGCUCAGGAGGUGGAGCAGGAGGUGGAUUAGGUGGUUUUGGAGGUGGAGCAGGCGCAGGAUUAGGAGGAGGUGGAGGUUAUGGAGGUGGACUUGGUGGUGGACUCGGUGGAGCCACUGGUUCAGUGAAUAUCAUAGGAGGACCCUCCGGAGGUGGAGGUGGUCAUGGAGGUGGAUUCGGAGGCGCUACCGGUGGCGGUUCUGGAGGUAGUGGUGGUUUUGGUGGCUCUGGAGGAUAUGCAGGUGGUAAAGGAGGCGGUAGCGGAGGCUUCGGAGGUGGUUUUGGAGGAGGUGGAGGUUUUGGAGGUGGUGCAGGAGGCGGAUUAGGUGGAGUUGGUGGCUCUGGAGGCCAUGGAGGUUUAGGCGGAGGCGGUUUUGGACACGGCGAUGACUCCGGAGGGUCAGGCGGAUGCUCUGGAGGUUGCGGAGGAGGUGGAGGUGGUAAAAGCGGAGCGUAUGCUUCUGCCAGUGCAUCAGCUUCAGCAUCCGCUAAAAGUGGAAGUUAUGGAAAGUGAUUCCAGAGCCCUACUGAACUUUAGGGAUAUAGCUUUAGUUAAAUAAGAUAUUUUUGCUUUUGUGAUAAAUGGGAACUGACAUUAUAGUUUUUAUAUAAUAA